AUGUAAGACGGAGGGAAUGUGUAAGAUAGGGAUUUGUUUAUGAAAGAAAUGGACAAUUUGAUAUCUUAAAACCAAUUUGGUUAAGCAGAAGUUUAGUUAACGAAGUAUAUUGAAAAGAAUGAGGCUGAUUCAGAUGCUUUUAAAAAGAGAUCCAAUUUAUACUUGAAGAACGGGAAAUAUAUAUAAGCUUUGCAUGAUAUAGAGAAGGCUAUGCUUUUGGAUUCCUCAAUGCCAUGUUGUAAGAGCAGCUAUGAACAUUAUUAAAUUAAAAAGGGAUUAAUGAGAAUGAGUAAUGACAUUUGA